UGACGGGCGGACCAGGAAGCGCCAGCGGCUCCCUCCUUCCCCGCCACAGCAUCCUCACCGCGGCCUCCGGUCCCCACGGCCACGGGGCCGGUGGCCGGGGACACGCCGGGGUCAUCUCCCAGCUCCCCCGGGGGGUGCCGAGCGGAGGGUGGCUGCGGGGCUGCUGCUUUUCCCGAGGGUCGCCGGCAGGAUGUGAAGCACACCCCCCACCCACACCCCCCCCCCCAGCCUGGGUGAGACCCCAGCAAAGAAACCCCUUGAAGGACUUGAUUUCUUCUCGCAAGCGUCCUCCGUGAUAACAGCCGGGCUUGUCAGCUCUCCUCCGGCGUCUCUCCGGUCGCACGUCAGGGAGGGGAGGUUUGUAGGCAGCCGGGCAGGGACGUUGGAUCGGGUCGGGGACAGGCAGAAGCUACGCUGCUCACAGGGGUGGCUGUGAUGGCAGCGGGGAGCCAGGCUUAGAGGGCUCCGAGCACCCGGAGCAGGGCUCCGUGCAAGGCACCAGCACCAUGUUCAGCCGGUCAGGAUACCAGGCCCUUCCCUUGGGAGACUUUGACCGCUUCCAGCAGUCCAGCAUUGGGCUCUACGGUGCCCAGAAGGGCUUCUUCUCCUUCGGAUCCAAGCAAGACCCUCUGGGGCCGGCUGGGAAUACCACAGACUCCUCCCAGGGUUGGCUGUCCUGGAUCUGUCAUGGGAUUAUCACCUCCUUGGUCUUCUUGCUGAUGGUUGUCACAUUCCCCAUCUCAGGAUGGUUUGCCUUGAAGAUCGUUCCCACCUACGAGCGAAUGAUCAUCUUCCGCCUGGGCCGCAUCCGGGCGCCUCAGGGACCCGGCGUGGUCCUGCUGCUGCCCUUCAUCGAUCACUGGCAGCGAGUGGACCUGAGGACCAGGGCCUUCAACGUGCCCCCCUGCAAGAUGACUUCCAAGGAUGGGGCGAUCAUCUCCAUGGGCGCCGAUGUCCAAUUCCGGGUGUGGGACCCCGUGUUGUCCGUCAUGAUGGUGAAGGACCUCAUCACGGCCACCCGGAUGACGGCGCAGAACGCCAUGACCAAGACCUUGGUGAAGAAGAGUCUCCGUGAGAUCCAGGUGGAGAAGCUGAGGAUUGGGGAGCAGCUGCUGCUGGAGAUUAACGACAAGACCAAGUCCUGGGGCCUGGAGGUGGACCGGGUGGAGCUGAGCAUGGAGGCUGUGCUGCAGCCACCCCGGGAGAACCUGGUGGGCCCUCCGGCCACCGUGCCACCCAUGCCUGGGCUGGAGGGGCUGGAUGGCACCAUUCAGCAGCUGGCUGCCCAUUUCUUCGGCAACACCCUGGCUCUGGUGGGCAGCGGGACCGGUGCUCCAGAGGCAGCAGACAGCGUGGAGACGGUGAACGAGGUGGAGCCUCCCACCGCUUCCCUCCUCGCCGCUGCCGGCAGCGCCCGGAGGAAGCCCAGCGCGGACGAGCUGCUCUCGGCGGUGGAGCUUGUCCUCUCCGAGGCCCUGGUCGGCCAGGUGGGAGCAUCCUACCAGGUCAACAUCGCCCUGCCCAGCGGCACCCGGAGCACCUACUUCAUAGACCUCUCCUCAGGCAGUGGGCGGGCUGGCCGCGGGGUGCCCGAGGGCAGCCCCGAUGUCAUUCUGGAGGUGGCGGAGAAAGACCUGCAGGACCUCUUCUUGGGUGACCUGCGCCCCUUGAGUGCCUACAUGAGUGGGAAGCUGCAGGUGAAGGGCGACCUGCACCUUGCCCUGAAGCUGGAGGAGCUCGUCAAGGCCGUGAAGCAACGUAGAUAGAGCAUGCGUGUGGGUGCGUGUCUGUGUGCAUGCGUCUUUGUAGGUGUGCGAAGGCCGGGGGACGUAUUGGGGUGCUGCGUGGUGGGGGCCUUGCCCUGCUGGAGCUCCUGCUGUCCUCCCUGUGGAGGCUGCAGGAGUUGGGUGAAGACCUCAGCAGGGAAACUGAGGCUGAGCUCCACUGCCUGUCCUUGGCUUUAUCCCCCCAUGCCCAACCUUUGCCUACAACGUUAGGGGAUGGGAAGCAGCUGGCACCCCAACACGUGCCAGUUUGCUUCCAGGUCCCUUGGCCAGCAUGCCACCAGGGCACAGACCAAUGUCCUGGUGCUCCCACAACGGGCUGCAUGGCCGGGCAUCUCAGACUGGAAGGGGCACGAGCUGGGAAAAUUGGAUAGAGAAGAGCUUGGGGACCCUGUGACCAAGGACAGUAGUCGUGGGGUAGGGUGGGCGGUGAAGCGGGGCAUGAGGGAUGGCUGGAGCAGGCUGGGAUGCCACCAGCAGGCUGGAGUUGGGGUCCAGUGUGGCACUGCUAAUGGGAUACUGGCAUUUAUGGGGAAGGAGCAGAGGUGGUGAUUUGAGGAAUGACCUGCCUGGAGGUACCUGAGCCUUCCCGACAGAGGUUUGUAAUAAGUGAUUGCGCUAAUUUGUGCUUCAAAGUGCUUUUGCAUGCGUGCUGUGAGGUCUGUCCGCGGGGCCAUGUGGACUGUAUAGAAGCAUAUAUAGAUAUUUAUUUAUUUUGUAAGCUUCCUUUCUAUCAACUCUUGAUGGACAAUAAACCAAAUCUGCAGCCUUGUG